AUGGGAGGCUCGCAGAGUGUGGAGAUACCGGGAGGAGGCUCUGAGGGCUAUCACGUCCUCCGGGUGAGUUUUUUUAACCUUCUACAACCUGAUGUUAGCAGUUAGCUUAGCAUUGGGGUAAGAGGCGGAUUCACGGCUCUGUGUGCAGGAGAGGCCCGGGGAUGAGCGUUUAGGCCUCUUGGCCGAAAACACAAACACCAGGUCAAAACAAUGACGUGGACCGUAGAGUUGUGUUGGAGUACCCUGUUUUAUAACGUCAUGUUUUUGUUAAUCAUUAGACUAUUAAAUAUCCUGGUGACAGGCUAACUACCGCAGCAGUAGCACGUCAGCUAACUGAAGCUACACGGAUCUGUAUGACAGCUGGAUCUGUAAAUCAACCAGAUCAGGGUUUUUCCUCUUUAUUAUGCAGCAAAUGAUGCCCUGAUAAUAAGAUGAUACUAGACAAGUAAUGUCAGUUAAUCAAGUGAAACGGUUAAAGCUUUUUCUUCAUGUACCAGAUAUAAUUAGUCAGGGGUGGGAACUGAGGAAUUUCAUUGACUCGGGUUGCAGUUUUUCUGUGUGCAAAAUUCACAGAUCUCACAAAGUGACUGACUCUGUUUUAGUCAAUAAAGCUCACCACUUUGUUCAAAAAUAAAUCUUUUUAUAAAUAUUUCUUGGCAACAUCUUAUUGAUAAGGUUUAUGAAAUAUGUUUUACAAAUUGUUUUACGAAUCUCAUCCAGAAAAUUGUUCAAGCUGCAUCUGCAGCCAUUUAACUAAUGAAGUCCUUCCUUUUGGCUCCAAACAACAAGCCUGUCUGCACAGCCAGACAUGACUUCAGUGUGCAGGGACAGUCUACAAAGUGCAGUACUGAUAAAAGGGGCUGCAACAAUGUUUGUUGAAGCUCAAAAUAAAACAUUUUUUUUUUAUUUUGUUGAUCGAAGAUAAUUAAUAGACAAAUAGUUUUACUUUUUUGCAUUAGUUGGUGACUUGUUCAUCAGCACAGUGUAGCACAGGUUUGGGUCGGUUAGGGCUGCCCUCGCAGGAUGAGGGUAGUGAAUAAGAGUGAUGAAUAAGAGCCAAUUUGGCUGCCUGAACAACAACAACAACAACACAAUCACUCCUUUAACACUUGGAAUCACUUCUUCUCUCCUUUUUGUCUCAUGGCUUAUUUGAAAACCUGGCAUGACAUUUGCUUCCUGUAUUUGGGUCCUCACAGGUUUGAAGCCUCAAUGCUUUUUAUACAGAGUAUGUCAGAUAGCCUGGAAUUAAACUACAUCUGGUUUAAGCAAUGGUAAUAAUAUCAAUAUCAUUGUCUAAAUAGCACCUCUUGUCAUGCAAAGAUGCAGCUCAUAGUUAUGAACAAAACAAAACACAGAGAAACAUUGAUGUAUGAGACAUUUUAAAACAGACAAAAGUCCAACACACCAAAGAAAAUAGUUUUAUAUUAAAAAAAAUAAAGCUGACAUUUAUAAUGAAAAAAAGUACACCCCACCUUACUAAUUUCCAUGUUAAAAAGAUGUCUUGAGUCUCCUAUUUUUAAGGUCCAGGGGGUAGACUGUUCCAAUAUUUACAAACAUGAAAACCAAAAGCUGCCUGACUUGAAAUCUUUUGCAACACUCUGAGAACUUCUAAAGAAAGGUGUUUGGAGACCUAAGAGUUCCAGUGCAGACAUAAAAUUACUGGCAGUCAGUGCUUUGAGGGUGCAAAAUGAUGUAGGGCCUUGUAAAUGAAUGAAAUAUCUCAAAAAUCCAUUUUUAGAGAAACAAGUUGCCAAUGUACUAAUCUGAGCUGAAGAGUAGUGUGUCCUUUUUGCUCUCUGGAUUGUAAUAAGACAACAGUUGCAAUGUUAUGACAUAAGAAGUCGUAUUAAGCACUGUUUACUAAUAUUUUUUUAAUGCAUUAUAUAAUUUUUUUGGCUGACUGAUGAUCUGAAGUAAAAGAACAUGUUGCCACCAGCAGCUCAGACUAUCUUUCUGUGUUUGCAGGUUCAGGAGAACUCACCUGGACACCGUGCAGGACUGGAGCCUUUCUUUGACUUCAUUGUCUCCAUCAACAACACAAGAUUGGUAAGAGAAGCCAACGACGAUUUACUGAUCUGAUUAACUGUAUUUACUCACAGAAGCUAAGAUUUGAAGUGGUAGCUAAACCUCUGGCAACUAGCAGCAGUUUAUUUACUUUGUCUUCAUGUACUCAACUUUCUCACUGUGGUGUUAGGAUCAUGACAGAGUGAGGGAUUGUUCCAAAUGUAAAUCAGAAGAAGACAGGGCUGUGAGACGGGCUGUGCUGUUAGAACAUACAACAACCCUGUAAUAUUUGGUGUCAUUCUGAAUUGAGGGUUUAUUAUGGUGUUAUGUGUUUAACAACUACAUUUGUUCUAGUAUCUAGUAUAGGACCAAACGGCAGUCACACCAAACUACAUGGGUCAUAUUUCCCCUCUGCUCUUCUCCUCUCUGCAGAACAAGGACAACGACACCCUGAAAGACCUGCUUAAAGCAAGUGUGGAAAAACCAGUUAAGAUGCUGGUUUACUCCUCAAAGACCCUUGAGCUGCGGGAAUCCACGGUCACCCCGAGUAACCUGUGGGGGGGUCAGGGCCUGCUUGGCGUCUCCAUUCGUUUCUGCAGCUUUGAGGGAGCCAAUGAGAAUGUUUGGCAUGUGCUGGUGAGUAACCCUGAUGAUAAGAACUGUUCAUGCGGUCCAGUGGGGCUUUGUUGACUGAUUUUCCACUCCUUACUCCCUGACAGGAAGUGGAACCUAAUUCCCCGGCUGCCCUCGCUGGCUUGCGGCCGCACACUGACUACAUCAUUGGAGCCGACACUGUUAUGAAUGAGGUAGUUUAUCAGCACUUUAGAUGCUUGAAGCUGUCCCACCUGCACAAGCUCCACCUGACCAUAAUGAUUGUGUUUCUCCUUGUUUUGUUCUCCUCCCCCACAACUCUGUGUCUUUAUCUGCAGUCAGAGGAUCUGUUCUCUCUGAUAGAGAGUCAUGAGGGGAAAGGACUGAAGCUCUACGUGUACAACACAGACACAGAUAACUGCAGAGAGGUGAUCAUCACGCCGAACGGUGCAUGGGGUGGAGAAGGAAGGUAAUGCAGAUUUAAAGACACAGAUUCGGUUCUGUGUUUGACUCGGGUCUUUUGAGUUUGCCUUACCACAAAAAAAUGAACAGAUUGAUUCUCACAAACCUGGCAACACGAGUGCAUUCAGAUUUUCUUUUAGGAGGGGUACUUUCUUUGAGUGUGCAUCCAGUGGAUGCUGACAGCAGCUUGAAUUGUAGGAACAAUAACAUAACAUCGUUUUAAUUCAAGGAGGCUUUAAUGAGCCUUUUUUUACAACAACAAAAUGAGUGCAGAGUCAUGCUUCAGUUUCUGCAUUAAAGCUGCAGUCAGCAGCUUCUUGCUCACAAAUUUUCCACAUUUACUUCACACUUCACAGGUUUUUGAUCUCUCCUAGGUCUACAAAGAUGUUUCUUUCUGAGUUGGCAUCUGUUUCACUUUUCUUGUGCUCAUGUCUGAGGAUUCACACUGUGUUACUGAGGGAGAAAUGCCGAAAAAUGAGCUUUGAAAAUGUCAAAAUAGACAGUACAAUAAAACACAUUGUCACGUAAAGCCAUAUAAAAGUCGAUUACAAACACACUGGUAAGAUUUUUCUGGCCAACAAAAACAUGCAAGUUAUUUCAUACACUUGAUGUGGACACAAAGGACCCUUUGCUUAGAGACAUAAGCCAUAGACCCUGUUUACCUGGUAUUAACUGGGUCAUUGGCCACAAGUGAGCAGCCUGAAAUAUGAGGAUAUAUCAGUGCACUGAAUAUUGAUCUGAAUACAUGACAAUUUUUUCCCUUGAAAUGCAUAAAAAGGAAUGAUUUUCUUACAGCCCGUAUUUACUAAUUAACUGCUAAACCAGUGGACACUGCCACAGUCAUAAGGGGUCUCCAGUACCCUUCAUGACUGACACCUUCAGUGCCAGGAGGAAUAAAUGUCUGUGAGGACAUGGCCAUAAAACAGAUCAAAGGUACAGCCAUAAAAAGGCCUGUCAUCCAGGUCAGGACAUCCAGACAGCAGCUUAUUUUCAUUAUGAUGGUCUUUGAAUACUAAUACCUGCUGAUGCAUUUAUAUGUCUCAGCAUUUCUUACUUCAUUACAGUAUCAAACUUUAAUUUUCAGACUCUAAAAAUAUCUUUUAAAGGUGUUUAAACAACAUCUCUCCUUGUUUCUAUUCAAUGUGUAUGUUUCAAUCAAAGAAGAUUUGCUCUUCAGAAGUCUUAAAAAUGUCUAAAAAAAAGGGGGGGGGGGGCUUAAAAUCAAGAUUCUCUUAUAACUUAGUCAAGUUAAGUAUAAACUGAUCACUAAGUCCACAUUCAGGGUUUAGUUUGGAUCACUUUGGCCAUAUUAGUCUUGCAGCGUGUAAGCUUGUGUCCUGGGCCACAUUAUGGGCUGCUCACUUUCCCUGUAUCCAUGGCAACGAUCUCGUGGAGUAACUGACCUCCUGUCUCUCAUUUAUAACUAAUUUAAAAUUUCUCUGCUGGUCUGGUUAAAAAAUUUAUGAAGUUCACUUCUCAUGUCAGCAUGUCCAGCAUGCGUGUGAUGUAUGAAAGAUGUAUGAUAUCCAUAUUCAUUCACAUACAGUGACCCAUCAAAUGGAAUGCAAGAGCAGAAACUCUCUGUUAAUGGGUGUUAAUAGAAGCCAUUGAGUAGAGAUUUAGAUUUAAAAAUUGUGCCUCAAAUGAAGACCAUGUUUAGAAAAUGAAAAAGAACCUUUUCUGCUUUUUGGAAUGAUCUUUUUACUCGAGAGACAAUUUAUCAUCAAAACUGCUGUUGAUCUUAGCAUCCACAUUGAUAUCCUGUUUAGCAAAGACUGUAUAUUCUAUGUAGAGUUAGAGUGUAGAAGGUGGAUCAUGAUUUUAUUCUACCAGACUAUGCUGGUGAGUAUAAUCAGGGAUUGGAUUUCCACACGGUUAAAACCUAAGCUUCUAUGUGUAGUCCAGAUGGCCAUGAAGGACACAGGGAGGACUGAAAACCUCUCCCUCCAGUGAAUAUAUCAGCAAUCUGUUAUAGAGCAAGCACAGAGUGAUUGACCACACAUCACACAUCUGCCUCUCUGAGUGUGAGCGCUUACCUUCUGGCAGAUGAUAUAGGUUCCCCCCAAUGUCAGUUGAACUGCGUCAAAACUCCUCGAUAAAUCAUCUCAAUAAAAAUCUGGAAUAAUACUUGUUGAGGCUUCAGCUUCCGUACAGUAGUGUGACGAUGAGCUCAUCUUUUUAGUUUAAAUCCCACUCCUACUAUGCUGUCCUCUUGUGCCAUACGUGUUGCUCGUUUGAUGUGGUAGUCUUGGUUGAUGUGUUUGUUUCUCUGUGUUUGAGCUAUUGCUAGUUUUUCACAUUAUUCAUUCAUUGUUUUACUGAUUAAUACUAUUGUGGAUGCAGUUGAACAUAUGCAACACUUUAGUCCGAGUUUUCCCUUGGGGACAAUUGAGUGUAUCGGAUCGUUACAUAUUGUAAUGUAUCGUAUUGUAUCGUAUCGUGUGUUGUUUAGAUCCAUGCUUAGGAAUUUCUCAGGAAUUUUUUCCGCCACUUGAUUUAGUGGAAGUCUGUAAAUUGUUAUAGGAAGUAAACGUUAACUCUAUUAAAAAAAGCUGGAAAAUGUACAAGGUAGUCAUGGGAAACAUCCAUCAUUAAGGACAACACCAGCGCUUUGUGAAUCCUUGAAAUGUGUCUGAAACGAGAAAUUGCAAGUGUGUUUAAACGCAAACAUCAGUUCAUGAAGUUCGGACUCUAAACUUUUUUCUUCUUUUUCGUAGCCUUGGAUGUGGGAUCGGUUACGGAUAUCUUCACAGGAUUCCCACUAGGCCCUUUGAGGAGGGAAAGAAGUUCAGCUUCCCCGGAAACUCUCCCAGUGAGCCCAUCAGCCCGCUGAAGGACGGGUUCACUGAGGUCAGAAUUCACCCACACACUGAGACACUGAACUCCAGUCCUCAGUUCAGAGUGGAGACAUGCUAAAAGUCAAAUAGGGGCUCAUACAUGUAGAUGAUUUUUGCAGAAAGACAUUUUCACCAGUGUCAGAAGGAUUUGACCGUGUUUUACCCCGUAAAGACUUUCUCACUACUCUUCAUAUCCCUGCACUCUUUAGUCUCUUUCAUCAGUCCAAACUUUCCUUAUCAGCAUGCAGCCUGUGUGCAUGACAUUGAGCAGGUUGAAGACUCUCUUUCCCACACUCAGAAGGAAGUUUCCUCAUUAUGUAUGCAGCAAAGCAGGCCAAGGGACGGAGAGAAAUGCUGAUCAUUCGGGUUAAUUGCACGUUUGGAUGGAUGUGACCUUUCGUGUUUGACAGCCGCCUCCCCCCCAACACCUCCAUCUUUUUUCUUUUAACUCCUUCAGGUCCAGCUGUCAGCCGUGACCCCUCCACCUACUGCACCCGCUGUCUCCACUGGCCUUGAGGAUUCACUGUCAGGCCUGUCAAUCAGCACAGCUCCGCCCACCAUGCCCAGCGAGCUACAGACAGGUAUGUGACAUGUACACUAAGCAGGUCAGAUGAUAUGAUGUUAAAGGAGGUUUGUUUCAUAGGUUAUAAAGUAACAUGCUCCCUCUGUUUUCCUCCAGGUUUGCCCACAGUCCCUCUGCUGCCCUCCUCCACCAGCCCCUCCCUCAGUCCGCUCACUCCACUUAAUCCUGCCAGCACCACCUUCAACCCAUCCGCCACGCUACCAGGUAGGCCAUUUAUCAGACAAACGCAUUAAAGGCAACGUAGGGAGUUUUGAACUGGUCGAGAAACGAGCUGCAGCUGAUACUGAUGCCUGUUUAUUAUGACCUGCAAAAACAAAUGAAAUCUGCUGUGAGGGGGUUAGGUGUCAGAGCAGGUGAUUGACAGCAGGAUGAGGAAACAGCUUUUCUUUUCCCUCUGUCCGAGGCAAAUACUUAGUGAGUGAUACAUUUCUCAGUCAAAACACAACAGGGUGAGGUUUUUUAAAAAGACUACUUUCACAUGUUUAGGAUUAGACACAGGAGGCAUCACUUUGUCCACGGGCAGGGUGGCAAAACUGACACAAGCAGGAGUUCCUCACAGCAGCUUUAAAACAACGCGUGUUUCCGCUCAGACAGUGUGAGACGUUUGGAAAAGCAGAGAGGAGGCUGUCUGAAACAUGCUAGUCCCAACUCCUUAACUGUGAAGGUUUACUGUGGAUCAUAGAAAAUAGAGAAAUCUUACAGCUGUUGGUUGGACAAAAUGAGGCAAUUUAAAGAUAACACUGUUUUUUGAGAGAUGUGUGGAGCACUUUCCAGGUUUAAUAAUCAUUGCAGUAAUUCAUCAUGAAAGUGGCGGUUAUUGCAGCUGUUAAACAUGUAUUUCUGUGUGAAUACGCCUACCUCAACUGACAAAUUUGAAGUCUUGACACCCAAGCACACACUUGACUUUUGUAAAUGGGUUUCCACAAGUAACCAAACAGCCAACAAAUCACUCAAUGACGGCUGGCAGUUAUUUCUGUAGUUGGUUUCAAUAUAACAUUUGAAAUUAGAAUUUGCGACGGGCUUUUCCAGUAUGUUUUAGAAACACUCACCUCUGAUUCAUACACAAGCAUGACAAAGAUGCCUGUCUGUCUGUCUGUCUGUCUGUCUGUCUGUCUGUCUGUCUGUGUGUGUCAGCCCUCCACCCCUGCAUGCAGUGUUUGUUUAAGAGUAAAAGGCUGUAGCAGCGGGCGGAACAACACUUUGGUGUUUAGUGCUGCACCACUCCGACAUUCAAAAGCUUCAUGAUGAACAAACUAAUGUGAUCUCAAUCAAAUGAUCCCUUAGUCUCUGGACGGCUGCUUUUUCUGACUACACCAGAUGGUCGUGGAAAGCUCUGCAUGAAACCAUUUUGUCACAGUUUAAAGCAACUGGGCUUCAAGCAGAGUAAAUUCACAUUUUCUCAUGUUAUAGACUGUACUGGUGUGUUUAUUUACACUGGCUGCUGUUACCAUGUUAAAGGAGAAUUUCAUCCUUUAAUUCAGUUUAAUUCAAAUGAGCAUAAAAGUCAGAACAAUAUCUCCAAAGAAUAAACAAUAUAACACACUGAUGACUAUACCAUAAUGAUAAUUACAACAAUAUUAAUCAUUAGUAAUUAUAAUGAUGGCGUUGAUCUGACCUUUCAUUCAUUGUUUGUUGUUGGCUUCAACAAGCGUCAGUAUAGAGAGUAACGUUCCUCAAGUAUCCAACAGAGUUUGUUCAGAUGUCUUCAGUCUUCUCUGAGGUCAGUUAGUACUUUUAAAUGUCAACAAGGUGACGGUGGGUAUAAAAACUUUAAAAAGACCACACCCUCAUGUGUCAUUCUGUGUGAUUUUAGGUCUGAUGCCUCUCCCAGCUGGUUUGCCUCCGCUCCCUAACUUGCCUAACCUCAACCUGCCGCUCCCAGACCUCAGUGCUGUGUCACUAUCAGGCGGCGGCACUUUACCACCGCCUAUAGGAUCUACAGGUAACCAAAGUGGGCGGAGUUUUGUGCCAGUUCCUCACAAUGUACCUACAUCCCAGAUAGAAGUGGCUCCUCUUUUUAAUAUUGAAAUUAUUUUUGUUUACUUCUGAUCUUCAGACCUUUUGAAAGUGGUCUAUUCAAAGAGGAGGGAAAAAUAAUGGCUUGGAAAAAAAUAGAGAAAGUGGUCAAAGUGAAACCAGGACAAAGAAAAUGCUCGACUCUCUUUGUCUGAAGAAGCUUAGUAUAUUUGCUGUUUUCAAGAAAGACGUAAAUUUAGCCUUAGCAAAAAAAAGGGGGAACAAGAAUUAGAUACUAGUAACACAGGGCACAAAGAAACACUGACAUCAUCUAUUUGAAACAGUAAAUAAUUCAGUAUCUCUCAUAUUAAUGUGACUGUAUCGCCUUGAUUCAGACUGAUCAAUGUUGUGAAUGGAUACAGUAGGAUGUAGAUUUAAUGUUCCAGGUGAGUGUUUGACUGUUAAGGCCAUAAAAGUCCAGUGUCUUGUCCUGUAUUUAAAAUCGCACAGUCAUUCGUGACUCCCUACCUUAGAAGUUCUCCAUUGUGGACUUAAAAAGUGAUCGAGACACUUUUUUAAAAAUCUUUAUUUAUUGUUUCUAUUGAGUUGUCUUGGCCUUUGUACUGUUACUAGUGCAGUGGAUGGAGUAGGAUCAACAUUAAAUACUGGCAUGAAUCUGAAAAUCGAACUCAUAAAUUCAUCUCAUCUUUGUGUCCUCUGUCUUCUCUCUCCUGCAGUGCCCUCUCUGGCGCCCCUGCCACCCCUCAACAUCCCUGGUCUGGCCCCCUUACACCCUCUGCCGACCAUGCUGCCCUCUCAGCUACCCCCUCUCCUCCCUCAGGGAAUGGCCCCGCUCCUCCCCAUCUCCACCUCUGCAGCCCCUGCAGCCUCGGUCACAGUCACAGCAGCUCCCGUUCCCGAGCCCGUCACUGUCGACCCCGCAGUCCCUACAGAAACCGCCGCCACAAACGCCACCGAAUCACCGGCCCCCACAGAAACAUCAGUAUCAUCGUAA